UCCCAAGAAUGAAGCUCUUCACUGCAUCUUUUGUCCUUCUUGCGUUCUUGCAGGGUGGUCUUGGUGCAAGCCUUAGUCGUGAUUCCGUAAAGAGCAGGGGACUCACAGCGUGUCCGUCGGCGGUUGCGGUCAAUUCUUCGACCGUUAGCGUCAAUGGUCAUGACAUCCAACGUACCACUUUCCAAUGUCCUGACGACAGUCUGGUAGCAAAGACCAACGAACGAUUGCUCUCUGAGAGAUCUCCAGUCUCGGAACCCGACAGCUUGAUUGAAUUGAAGCGCCGUAGUACAGCUGAGUGCAGGACUGCUGCACCUGAAUGUCAAUGCGGUCAACCUACGACUUGCACAUGUGUCAGCACAACACCCAACGCUCCAAACGGAAACGACUGUGCCAUCCUCAUCGACACUCUUAGAGUCAUACCUCAAGUCGAAGGAGCGACAUUCGUCGUGCAGCCGAGGACUUUCCAGCUCCUCCAAUUUGAAUCAUGUGGCAUCGAAUUUUCUAAUCUUGGUACCGGAAGGAACCCCACCGCGCUUGAAUACUGCUGGGAUGAAGAAGUCGCCCUCAUGGGAUUGAGCAACGAGGACUGCCUAGAAUCAGGCGUCAGUACCGGCGCUUCUUGCAAUCCUACUGAUGGUCUUUGGAACCUUCAAAUAUUGCGCAUUGGUUCUUAAGCGAAUUAAUCAGACGUCUAAGAUA